AAUUUUCCCGCUCGCUGGACAAGACACCAUGGGCGGUCUAUACACGGUGCACCAAGUGUGCAUGACGCUCGUCGCCCUCGUUGGCGUCACGGCCGCGGUCCUCAGCUUUGUCACGACCACCUUUGCCUUUGGCGAGCUCAGUGCGCUGCGCUGGACGCUCGCGUCGCUCGGCGCGUUCGUCUACCUCUUCGUGCUCUCGGUGCUCCUGCUGCUCGCUGCGGCGUUCGGCGCGCUCCAGCCGCUGCUCUGGCUCGGCUGUCUCGGCAGCUUCGUCGGCAGUGGCCUCUACGCCACUUACCUCGGCUUGCUCAUCUACACGUUUCUUGGCGGCGCGGCGUAUGGGCUUCCGAUGAGCGUCUUUUGCAUUGCCAUCGGCGUCCUCAGCGUCGUCUUGGGCGUCGCGUGGAAGGAGCGCGAGACUGCGACCUACUACUCUCUUGUCAAUUGAGC